AUGUCCGGCCUCAGAUCUCCCGAAAUCCAAGCCGCGUACGAUGCCGUCCGUUCCGACGACGACGAGACAAAUUGGCUGCUCAUUUCCGACAGUGCCCCGGGGAGCAAACAGUUGGCGCUCAGCAAAACGGGAACCGGUGGGCUGCCAGAGCUGGCAGACGCGCUGGACGACAGGGAAGUGCAGUACGGGUACGUGCGCGUCGAGUAUGCCAAUGAUGCUGAGAGCAAGCGCAUCAAGUUCGCCCUGGUCGUCUGGAUUGGCAAGGACACCAAGGUCAUGCGCAAAGCGCGCGUCAGCAUCGAGUCCGGGGAGGUGGGGGCGGUGUUGUCGCAUCACAGGAAGGUGAACGCCGCCGACCCACGGGAUUUGGACGAGGCCGGUAUUAUCGCCGAGUUGCGCAAAGCGGGGGGUGCCGACUACAACGGUGGAAGAGGGUAG